CGCAGCCCCGCCUCCUCCCCGCCCCGCGCCGGUCGCCUGCGGGUCGCGCCCGGAGCUCGGAGAGGCGCCGGGCAAGGCCUCGCCGGAGCCGCAGCUGCAGCCGGAAACCAGCCCCAGGGUGAAGCCCCGUCCCGGCCGAGCCCGGAGCCGGGUCCCAGCCCCGCGCGGCUCAUGGCGGGGCCGCGGGGCGCGCUGCUGGCCUGGUGCCGCCGCCAGUGCGAGGGCUACCGCGGCGUGGACAUCCGCGACCUGAGCAGCUCCUUCCGGGACGGCCUGGCCUUCUGCGCCAUCCUGCACCGGCACCGGCCCGACCUGCUAGAUUUUGAUUCACUUUCCAAGGACAAUGUCUUCGAGAAUAACCGUUUGGCCUUCGAGGUGGCUGAGAAGGAGCUGGGGAUCCCUGCUCUCCUGGACCCCAGUGACAUGGUCUCCAUGCGUGUCCCCGACUGCCUCAGCAUCAUGACCUACGUGUCCCAGUAUUACAACCACUUCGCCAGCCCCGGCCAAGCCGGUGUCUCACCACCCAGAAAGGGCCUGGCACCCUCCUCCCCCGCAUCCGAAGCAGCUGCUUCAGUGGAACCAGGAGACAGGGCUCAGGAUGAGGAGCGCUCCUCGGGCAGCCUGGCGGAGCAGGGUGCCCACCGGGCCCCCAGCAGUAUCUGCGCAGCCUGCCAGCAGCACGUGCACUUGGUGCAGCGUUACCUGGCCGACGGCAAGCUGUACCACCGGCACUGCUUCCGGUGUCACCGGUGUUCCAGCACCCUGCUCCCUGGGUCUUAUCAAGAUGGGCCGGAGGAGGGCACCUUUGUGUGUGCAGAGCACUGCGCCAGGCUGGGCCCUGGUGGGCGGUCGGGGGCCAGGCCCGGACCCCCCCCACAGCCAAAGCAGCAGCAACUUGCAGGAGAAGCCAAGGAUGUGGAGGCAGUCGGCCCCAGCCCUAACGCGGCUGCAGGGGCUGCAGAGGCUGAGGCGGACAUGCCCAAGGCCAGCCCCGAGGCCCGGCCCCAGAUCCCCACCAAGCCCAGGGUUCCUGGCAAACCACAGGAGCUGGCCAGCCCCCCGGCCAGCCGGCCCACACCCGCCCCCAGGAGGGCCUCCGAGAGCACAGCCCCGACGCCCCCCACGCCCCGGCCCCGCUCCAGUCUGCAGCACGAGAACUUGGCGGAGCCGGGAGGCAGCAGCGUCCUGGUGAACGGGAAGCUGCACGAACCCCCUGUCCCCAAGCCCAGAGGGACACCCAAGCUGUCAGAGAGGACGCCACCCCCCAGGAAGGACCCCCCAUGGAUCACACUGGUGCAGGCAGAGCCAAAGAAGAAGCCAGCCCCCCUCCCCCCGAGCAGUAGCCCUGGGCCGCCACCGCCACCGCAGCCGCAGGGCCAGGACAGCAGGCAGGUGGAGAACGGAGGUGUGGCCGAGGUGGCCCCACGGGGCCUGGAGGUGGCCACCCUGGAGUCCAAGCCCUAUAAUCCCUUUGAAGACGAGGAGGAAGAGCCCCCAGCUGCCACCGGCUCUGCCCUGGCUCACCCGGAGUCCACAGCCAAGUCCCUGCACCCCUGGUAUGGCAUCACCCCCACCAGCAGCCCCAAGACAAAGAAGCGCCCUGCCCCCCGAGCACCCAGCGCGUCCCCCUUGGUGACUCUCCACGCCUCCCGCCUGUCACACUCGGAGCCACCCUCAGCCACCCCGUCGCCAGCCCUCAGCGUAGAGAGCCUGGCGUCUGAGAGCUCCAGCCAGCCGCCCAGCACGGAGCUUCUGGAGCCGCCAGUCGUGCCCAAGAGCUGCUCAGAGCCUGCUGUCCACGCCCCUGGCACCCCGGGGACCUCAGCCAGCCUCUCCGCCAACUCCUCCUUGUCGUCCUCCGGGGAGUUGGCGCAGCCCAGCGUGGACCGGACGCCUCAAGCCAGCCCUGGCCUUGCCCCCAGUGCUAGGGGCAGCCCGGGUCCCCCGCCAGCCAAGCCCUGCAGUGGCGCUGCCCCCACCCCUCUCUUGCUGGUUGAAGACAAGAGCCCUGCGCCGUCCCCCGGCACCUCGUCCCCACAGCUCCAGGUAAAGUCUUCCUGCAAGGAGAAUCCCUUUAACCGGAAGCCGUCCCCCACAGCGUCCCCAACCAUAAAGAAGGCCACCAAGGGCUCCAAGCCAGCGAGACCGCCUGCCCCAGGACACGGCUUUCCUCUCAUCAAACGCAAGGUCCAGGCUGACCAGUACAUCCCCGAGGAGGACAUCCACGGAGAGGUGGACACCAUCGAGCGCCAGCUGGAUGCCCUGGAACACCGCGGGGUCCUGCUGGAGGAGAAGCUGCGUGGCGGAGCGAAUGAGGGCCGCGAGGAUGACAUGCUGGUGGACUGGUUCAGGCUCAUCCACGAGAAGCACCUGCUGGUCCGGCGGGAGUCCGAGCUCAUCUACGUCUUCAAGCAGCAGAACCUGGAGCAGCGCCAGGCCGACGUGGAGUAUGAGCUCCGGUGUCUUCUCAACAAGCCAGAAAAGGACUGGACCGAGGAGGACCGGGGCCGAGAGAAGGUGCUGAUGCAGGAGCUCGUCACCCUCAUCGAGCAACGCAACGCCAUCGUCAACUGCCUGGACGAGGACCGGCAGAGGGAGGAAGAGGAAGAUAAGAUGCUGGAAGCCAUGAUCAAGAGGAAAGAGUUCCAGAAGGAGGCCGAAUCUGAGGGCAAGAAGAAGGGCAAGUUCAAGACCAUGAAGGUGCUGAAGCUGCUAGGGAACAAGCGUGACCCCAAGAGCAAGGCUUCUGUGGACAAGAGCUGACGGCACGGAUGCCAGCUGGGAACUGCACCCUCCCGGCUCAGCCCGGGCUCUGCUCUGCCGGGGGCGCCUCGCUUCCCUUCAGGUCCUGCCGAGAGGAAAGAGGACUUCAGGGGAGGGAGCCCCUGGCCGGUGGCCUCUCCCUCCUCAGGGUCCUCUGGCUGGCCUGGGCCAGAGAGUUUUCUUCCCUCUCCUCUGAGCCGCUGGCAGUUGUGCCUCAACCCUGCCCAGCUUGGUUCUGAGGAUGCCAGAUGCUGCGACUAAGCCAGGAGCCAGCAGGGUCUCAGCCAGGGGAGCCGCAGCGGCAGCCCCACACACCCGCCUCCUCCGUGCUGGGCGGCUCCCUGGUCCCUCUUCCCCUCUGUGCCACGUCCAGAGGGGCGUCUUCCCCAUCAGAGGCUUUGGGGCCUUCUGCCCACGAAGUCUGCCCGAGGUUGGCCUCGGGCCGGGUCUCCUGCCCUCAUGGCUGGUGAGCCGGGCUCCUUCCCGCCCCAGUCCCGGUUGAGUCCCCGCCUUCCCUUCAGCGCGGGUGGCUCUGACCAUGCUUCUCCUCACUCAGAAGCUCUAUUUAUGAAACGUCUCUCUCUUUCUCUUUUUUAAGAGCCGCAUCUGAGGCAUAUGGAAGUUCCCAGGCCAGGGGUGGAAUCGGAGCUGUAGCUGCUGGCCUACGCCAGUCACAGCAACAUGGGAUCCCAGCUGUGUCUGUGACCUACCCCACAGCUCACGGCAGCGCCGGAUCCUUAACCCACAGAGCGGGGCCAGGGAUCGAAGCUGCAUCCUCAUGGAUGUUAGUCGGGUUCUUAACCCACUGAGCCACAGUGGGAACUCCUGAAGUCUCUUAAUUAAGGUUGAGAUGGUUAUGUGUCCUCAGACACGAAUGGGCCUGACGGACAGAUCCCUCGUCUGUCUCUUGACCUUCUAGGGGUGCUUCCUUCAUCUCCCCUUGCUCUUAGGAGACUUCGCCGCCCGGGGUGCAGGGCUGUGAUGGCUCUGCUGGGGUGGGUGGGUGCCCGAGGGAGGGCCUUGGGGAGGCAGGCCCGGCUGCGGUUCUCACCCCUGCCCCUCAGCCAGGCCAGCAGGAGGGGGUGUGCCACCCGUAGGUGCUAAGCCCGGUCCUUUACCCCCCUGUAGCCCGGGCCCAGCGUGGGGGCCCCGGGGGGCAUCACCACCCUGUCUCCUCACACCAUCUGUUGUCCGUUCUCUCCUAACUUGUUGCCACCAAAGGACUGAUGGCCGCUCAGCCCCCGGGACGGCUGUGGGAGAGGAGGAGCCGAUGGGGACCGCCACCGCGCCCAGGGCAGGUGCCCAGCAGCUCGUGGUCAAAGCACUGUUGCUAUAAGCUAUUUCUGGGGGGCCUCUAGGGCCCCCUUGCCUCAGCACACCUCUGGGGACAGAUCACACUGUAUUUACUUGAGAGGGUUUGCCUCACUGACAAUAAACGGAGACCACCUCAGUGGCCAGGGCCCUGCGGCCUGGGGGUGCCUUUUCCUCGCCAAGACGGCGUCCCCCCGCCUCUGCCACGCUCCGUGGCCAGCGUGUCUGCACCCGUGCAGCCCUCGGCCGCCUGCUUCCUAACGUGCCUGUUGGUCUGGAGCUGGGGUCACCAACUCCAGUGCCUUUGGGGGCCAGGCAGGUGACAAAGAUAAACUGGGCUGGGCGUAUCCUGAGGGACGGGCCUGUCAGGUGACUGGGUGUUGGGAGACUCGGCUGGCGGGGACUGGGGGUGACCUGGGGUGGAUGUGCAGUAGCUCAAGGGAAAAGUCUCACUUAAGUAGACUGUGGGCUGUGGGCCCAGGGGGGCCAGAUCUUUCCAUUUUUCAAAAGAAACUGGAAAUUCAGAUGGGGCGUGUGUGUAAUUUGUAAAUGCUGGCAACUGAUCUGAUUUAAAUCAAGGGCAGCCUGACAGUGUCCUGGGUGGGCUGAACGUGUGCUGAGUUCUCCACUUUGUUGCCUCUGGGCCAUGUGGGGCGGGGGGGGGGUGUCUUGAGAUGGAGGCCAGCUGCCCUUGGCCCCCAGGUUCUAGAGAGUGUGUGAACGCAGGCUUCCCAUGGAAUGUUCCAGAGCCCAGCCCUUGAUCUGGUUCUUUCGUUUGCGGCUGCAGGGCCGUGUUUAUUCUGCAAACCCAAAUUGGGGUCAUGUGGCCUGAGAAGAUUAUAUGAUACCCUCCAAGUGGAAGGGUUUGUUGAAAUUUCUAGAAUACUUUGAUUUAUGGGGAUGGGAAAAUAACAGAAUGCUGGAGAGCGUAGGGCUUGUGGUUGUCAGAAGAUGCAGGGACAGCCAUGUGCUGUGUGCCAGGCCCGGAGGGAUGUCUCCUCAGCAGCCCCAUGAGGCCGGCCUCGGGCUCAGACCGCACGGGCUGGGCACCUUCGGUCUGGAUCCCUCCCGCCCCUUUGGGCUGUGGGUGUGGUGGAGAGACAGACAGCUUGGUCCUGUGUAGGCUACCUGCUCGUUGACUCUGGUCAUGGCAUCUUGGUGAGCUCCGGUUUCCAGCCCAGGUGUUUACUGAAUCAGCGUGCGCGGCACUGGCACCUGCCCCAGCGCCCGGCCAGGGGGUGGGUGGUCAGGGGGCACUGGUUCCCCUUUUCACCUGAGAUAUGCACACAGCUAGAAGCCAUCUGGGCUUGAAAAAAGUCUAACUCCUUGAACAAAUAAGCCUUAUUCCUCUGAAAAUGAAA